AUGCCCUUGGUAUGGAACUCUUGUAAAGUCCUCCUGUCUGCAGCGCGGGCGCAGACCUGUGAGGAUGGCCAGACAUGCCAAGAGCCCGGGAAUCUCGGCGAAGAGGGGUCGCUCCUUCAGGCGCGGAUCAGCGAGGGGUCGGAAAUGGACACCGGGAUGGAGAACAGCGAGGACUCGGAGGAACCGCGGAGGAACGGAUCGAUGGCAAGCUACGUGGAGAAGGUGUUGGGCAAGGUGACGGCUCUCGGUGGCAGCCACCAGAAGAACGUGGAGCUAGCUAAGGAUGAGGUCCGCAACCUCGCCAUUCAAGUGGCAGCAGAUCCCGACUACACCGUCUUCAACGUGAGCCAGUCCAACAUGAACGACGCCUUUGAGAGGAUCAUCGCUGAGAUGGAAGAUAUCAUCAACGACACCUUGGUGUCUUUGGACAAGGACCACAAGGAGUUCGACAUCAUGAUCAAUAAUAUCCUCCAGUGCGGGGUGAAUCUCAAAGCCAGCAAUGUGAGCGUGACGGAAAUGAGCCCUGCCGUGUUGCUGCUCGGCGUCGAACAUGAUGUGUGCCGAAACGACACCGUUAUCUUGCGGGACCAAAACCACACCGCCCAGACGAACUACUACAACUACAUGGCGAACCCCAACAUGCCCGACUGCGCGCAGAAUUUCGGGCCAGGGACGUGCCCAGCGCAGCAGGACUUCUCAGUGCCGUUGUACUUCGACAGUGCCAUUACAUGUGCCAGCGAGGCGGAGAAAUGGGCCGGGGCGUUCCACAAACAGGCGGUUAGCUUGAAAAGUGCGCAUGAGAUUGCGGAGAAGGCUGUGAAGGACAAGUAUGAGGCGUGCGACACGACACAGCUGACCUAUGAGCAGGCCUUCUGCACGUAUCGUACCGAGCUCAUCGACCAAUGCUCUGCGCUGGAUAAUUGCUACUCCAGCGCCGUGAGUGUGUUUAAGGCGACGAAGGAUCUUAUCCUCAAGUCCAACUCGAGCCGCCACGUGGCCUACAUCGCUGCCAGGCAAGUGCAAUGCUACAUCCGUGUGCUGCAGUCGGACAACCUCACAAUGGCCGCAAUCGAGGCCUGUGAUCACACGAAGGUCGACACGUCCCCCCUGGCGCUGACCGUGCCUACUAUUCCCCCCAAGCCCGCCUGCGACGUCUCCCUUGCGGCGGAGCACCCGUGUGGCACAGCGUGGGUCACCAAGAACUACAAGGACAGCACCAAGUACUGGGUCAAGGAGGAGAUUGCCCACAAGAACUGUAUGCCAUGCCUGACCGAGUCCUUGAACCUCGACCUGAUGCGGACUAGAAUGCAGGCCGAGGAAUUCAGUCGCGAUCGCGCUGCGUGCAGCAAGUGCUUCAGAGGGGCUGUGCAAUGUAUGGCGACUUUCCCUCAGACGGUCGGGUGUGAAAUCAUCGAAGCCGUCGGAGAGGUGCGAGAGGUGCCAGCUGGGCCUUCAGAGCGGUACCCGAAGGUUUCUAUCAGGUUCCAGUCUCCGGACGCCCUGAUGCGCUGCUGCGCUUUACCAUGCAAGAUUCCAGCCAAUGUGACCUGUGCAGGGCUCAUCGAAGUAGGCCAGUGGGGCCCCACUGUGUCCUCCUCUUGGCCUUUUUUGGAGGUCCUCUUGUCUGCAGCGCGGGCGCAGAUGUGUGAGGAUGGCCAGACAUGCCAAGUGCAUGGGAAUCUCGGCGAAGAGGGGUCGCUCCUUCAGGCGCGGAUCAGCGAGGGGUCGGAAAUGGACACCGGGAUGGAGAACAGCGAGGACUCGGAGGAACCGCGGAGGAACGGAUCCAUGGCAAGCUACGUGGAAAAGGUGUUGGGCAAGGUGACGGCUCUCGGUGGCAGCCACCAGAAGAACGUGGAGCUAGCUAAGGAUGAGGUCCGCAACCUCGCCGUUCAAGUGGCGGCAGAUCCCUACACCGUCUUCAACGUGAGCCAGUCCAACAUGAACGACGCCUUUGAGAGGAUCAUCGCUGAGAUGGAAGAUAUCAUCAACGACACCUUGGUGUCUUUGGACAAGGACCACAAGGAGUUCGACAUCAUGAUCAAUAAUAUCCUCCAGUGCGGUGUGAAUCUCAAGGCCAGCAAUGUGAGCGUGACGGAAAUGAGCCCUGCCGUGUUGCUGCUCGGCGUCGAACAUGAUGUGUGCCGAAACGACACCGUUGACUUGCGGGACAAAAACCACACCGCCCAGACGAACUACUACAACUACAUGGCGAACCCCAACAUGCCCGACUGCGCGCAGAAUUUCGGGCCAGGGACGUGCCCAGCGCAGCAGGACUUCUCAGUGCCGUUGUACUUCGACAAUGCCAUUACAUGUGCCAGCGAGGCGGAGAAAUGGGCUGGGGCUUUCCACAAACAGGCGGUUAGCUUGAAAACUGCGCAUGAGAUUGCGGAGAAGGCUGUGAAGGACAAGUAUGAGGCGUGCGACACGACACAGCUGACCUAUGAGCAGGCCUUCUGCACUUAUCGUACCGAGCUCAUCGACCAAUGCUCUGCGCUGGAUAACUGCUACUCCAGCGCCGUGAGUGUGUUUAAGGCGACGAAGGAUCUUAUCCUCAAGUCCAACUCGAGCCGCCACGUGGCCUACAUCGCUGCCAGGCAAGUGCAAUGCUACAUCCGUGUGCUGCAGUCGGACAACCUCACAAUGGCCGCAAUCGAGGCCUGUGAUCACACGAAGGUCGACACGUCCCCCCUGGCGCUGACCGUGCCUACUAUUCCCCCCAAGCCCGCCUGCGACGUCUCCCUUGCGGCGGAGCACCCGUGUGGCGCAGCGUGGGUCACCAAGAACUACGAGGACAGCACCAAGUACUGGGUCAAGGAGCAGAUUGCCCACAAGAACUGUAUGCCAUGCCUGACCGAGUCCCUGAACCUCGGGCAGACGUUGAAAAACGACACUUGUUGA